AUGGUAACUGGGACUGAAAAUCUGUUUAUUGAUACAACAGUCAACUCAACAAAUAGAUUUCUUGUAAAUUCAGAAGCUCAUACAUCACUUCGACUUCUUCAUCGACGCUCAUCAGACGAGGAUGAGCCUGAUGAAGAAGAAGAAGAUGAAAUACUAGUUAUAGAAAAUGACGAAGAAGAGGAGCCAGAUGAAGACGUGGAAGAAACCGAAGAAGAAAAUGGUGAUGACAAUCUAGUUCCAAAACUCAAUAUUGGUCAGUUAAAAGACUCAAAAUCUCCAUCAAAACUCUCUUCAUUUCCAUCAUGUCCUUUUACUGGUGGUUGGGGACGUGGUUCGCGGCCGAUAUCUAUCAGCCCUCAAAGUUCAUCAUGUCCUACUCUUGGCUAUGAAAAUGUAAAUGCUUUUGAUCAACAUAAAUCUGAAACUUCAAUAUCGAAGCAUACCAAUGGCAACGACCAACAACAAGUAACAAAAAACAUGACAACUAUUACACAUGCAAUUAAUGGGGAUUAUUAUCAUCAUUGUAUUCCCAAGGGACCUUUCGAUGAAGUAAUUGAUUUUUCAUUUAAUGCCAGUACAACAAAAAUAGUUUUUGACAAUGAAGAUGGCUAUAAUAAAGCUACUGACGCUCUUAAGAAGAAUGCAAUUCAACAUGAAGCUACUCGAAAUUAUUCUGAUAUAUGGCCAUUUUGUUUAAAUUCUCGAACGAUACGAUUUUUUCGUCUUGCUGAACUUGAAUCUCAAAGAUUAAAUAAUGAUAAUUUAAAACAACUAAUAAUACCAUUGACACGUAUAUCACCGUCUGAUUUAUUAGCUUAUGGUAGUCAAUAUUGGUUCGCAUUUGAACGACGUCCAACUUUUAACGAAGAAAAAUUUAAUAUUGACAUAGAAUCAAUCAAAACUCAAUCUGAAUCUAUGACAAAUAAUACAAUAUUAGGUCGAAUUAAAUUUUUCCGUGGUGUUCAUGUUAAAUUAUCGUAUGGUGCAUUAACUUCAAUGAAUCAAUAUUAUUAUCAUCCGGAAUAUUGUUUUACAAAAAGAACUGAAUGGACGAUUCAAUUUCGACCGAAAAAACUCGAAAUCGAGAGAUCGGAAGACAAACGAGUCGGUGACAACAAUGACUGUAAAAAGAUAUUUAGGCGAUCGAUUUUACCAGCAGAAUUAAUUGAUCGAGCAGCUAUAUUCACAGUUGAUCGAUUAGGUUUUAGUGUUUAUAUUUGUGUCAAAGGAAAUGCUCAUGAAUAUACACGAAUCGCAUCCACCGGUGAAAAUCGAUAUCAAAUCGAUCGUAUACCAUCGACAAAUAAAGAUUGUCCAAUUUUUUCUACAAUAUGUUUACAUACAUUGGUUAAAACUAAUCGCUCAAAUAACCAUUUAACGGAUUACGACAAAUAUUCUUCACUUGAACAAGUGAAGCGGUUGUUCAAAUAUUUAGUUGAUUUUUUCUAUUCAAAUCAAAUAUCUGUUUGUUUUGCAUCGAUUAAAUGUGAUCGAGGCUGCUUAACAAACAUUCCAGCGUUAUCAAAACUGUUUAAAACUCCAAUACAAAUUUAUGCAUUUACAAUGUUAAAAAAUGUUGGUUAUUCAAUUGAACAAAAAAUAUUCCAGCAGAAAAUAUUUUGCCAAUCAUUACUUCGAAUAUCGGAUAAUGAUGAUGAUAAAUUUUAUCGUCUAUGCCUUUAUUUAUUUCGGCGAGCAAGUGAAUAUCAUUUUUUAAAUCUUGAAAAUGAAUUACACGAGGCUUUCAGAGAAUAUGCUAAUCAAGUGGAACAAUGUGUUGCAAUCAAUGAAAAAAUGGCAACGAUUUUAUCACCACCAAGAGAAAAUUAUGCUUAUGUUCCAUCAAUACGUGUAACACCAACAACAAUUCAAGUUCAACCUUUAAAACUUGUCAAGCUUCAUCGUGUUAUUCGAGAAAGAAAAUUCGAUGAUCCAAUGAGUUAUGCACUUGUUGAAAUACGCGAUGAAGCUAAUAAAGCUUUAUAUGCACGUGAUUUUCGGUCAUUGAGAAAAACAUUUAAACAAAUACUUACUGAUGGUAUUCAAACAAAUAAAAUUCAUUAUCGAUAUUUACAUCAUUCAAUGUCACAAGUUAAAGAAAAACAAUUUUGGUUUCUUAAUUCUCGUUAUUCAUUAGCAGAUGUGCUAUCAUGGAUGGGGAAUUUUGACAAUGAACGUGUUGUAGCCAAACAUGCUGCACGCAUAGCUCAAUGCUUUACAUCAACUGAACCAUCGAUACGAAUUCCAGCUGAACAUGUUAAAUAUAUUUCCGACAUUGAAACACCAGAUAAGCAAUAUUGUUUUACUGAUGGUGUUGGCACUGUGUCACCGACGUUUUGCAAAAUGGUUCAAAAAGAAUUAGGAAGACGUUUUAUGCCAAGUGUAUUACAAAUUCGAUAUGGUGGUUGUAAAGGAACUGUUUCAGUUGAUCCACGCCUUGAAAAUCAACCACAACAACUUGUUAUUCGUGAGUCUAUGCGUAAAUUUACAAGUGAUCAUGAUCAAUUAGAAAUUUGUAAAGUUUCUUCACCACGCGCACUUUACUUAAAUCGUCAAGCUAUUCUUCUUUUAUCUAGUCGCGGUAUACCUGACUCACAUUUUCUUGUUUUACAGAAUGAAAAUCAUCUAUGGCUUGUACAAUCCUUACUGAGUUCAUCAAUCGCAUUCGAGCUACUAAACGAUCGUGUUGGCUCAACAUAUUUCAAUUUUCGUGAUAUAGCUAAAGAUAUUAAUCUUGUCGAAGAACCAUUUUUUUUACAACUUAUUGUCACAUCUGGUCAUGAUUGUGUAUCGAAAUUUCAACAACGUGCUAAAAUAAAAACAGCCAAAAAUAAAGCAAGAAAUAUGUUUGGCAUUGUCGAUGAGUAUGGCGUACUUGAAUAUGGUCAAGUAUUUAUACAAUAUAAUCAUAUAAAUGAUGAAAAAUUAGAUGUGACGGAUAAACCAUCGAACGUACCACCAACAAUUUUAGAUAAUACUAAAGUUGUCAUUACUAAAAAUCCUUGUUAUCAUCCAGGAGAUUUAAGAACAUUUAUAGCUGUAGAUAGAAAAGAAUUAAGACAUCUUGUCGAUGUUGUUGUGUUUCCACAAAAAGGUCAUCGGCCACAUCCAAAUGAAAUAUCAGGAAGUGAUCUUGAUGGUGAUGAAUAUGCUGUCAUUUGGGAUUCAGAUUUAGUGCCAUUAACAACAAAUGAUGAACCCUAUAAUUAUGAUUCACAAGAUAAACCAAUUAAACGUGAUCACCCUAUUGAACGCGAUGAUAUAAAUGAAAUUGUUCUUGAUAUAGCUGCUCAAAAUCUAACUGGUGAUAUGUCCAAUUUACAUUUAGCACUAGCUGAUUCAUUGGGUACACGUGAUACCGAAGUAUUAGGUCUAGCAGGUUUUAUUUCACAAGAACUUGAUGCACCCAAAACCGGAAAACAUCCAAUAACAAGUGAAGAUUUACAUUAUUAUCGAGUUAAUCUGCUCAAAGAACGUUAUCCAGAUUUUAUGAUGAAAGAACGUUAUAAAUCGUAUCCAUCAGAAAAAAUUAUUGGACAAUUAUAUCGAUCGGCUAGACGUGCAAUUAUUCGAUGGCAUAAAGCUGCUCGAACUCACUGUAGUUUACGUCAUUUAAAAACAGCACAACUUCACGAUGAAUCAAUCGAUGAUGAAAAUCUUGAUACGCCAAAUAGUAAUCCUUCGAUUGGUUCUCAUAAUUCAUCGCCAUGGCGAUGGCAACCAUAUGAUAGCAUGGGAACUAACCAUGAGCUAUCAUUAACACUCGAUCCUGAUUUAAAUCAUCCAUCAUCGAAACAUCAUACACGAUGGGCAAGAAAUUUGUUUUCAGUGUAUCGAGCACAUCUACGCAAUAUUAUUAGUGUAUUUAAUUAUCAAGAUGAAAUCGACCUAUUUUGUCGAUGUGAAGCACUUGAUCAGCUGGCAUCAGGUAAACAAGAUAUUAACAUAUCGGCCGGUCUUGAACUACAACGAUUAAUUGAUUCGACACGUCGUCUUUUUUAUCACCAAUUCACUCAAUUAACUACAGAUUCAACUUCAAAACCACCACAUGAUGGUCCGUGUACUCGUGAUAAAUCAUGUUCUGAAUGUGGAGAAAUUAAAUUAGCAAGAGCAGCUGCUUGCUAUUAUGUUUGCUAUUCUCAAGCUGCUACUCUAUCAACAAAGGCUCGUUCUCGUAUUCUUAGUUUUCCUUGGCUAUUCGGUACAUUCCUUACUGAAUUGAAAAGAAGACAACAAAAUCAAAAUUCUUAUAGUAACAUUAAUUAUGUAUCAAAGCAUGUUGUGAUCGGACGUGCAAUGCGUAAUGUAGCAAAGCGUUUAAUUGAAAACAAAGAGGUAAAAUUAAAAAUCUUCUGGCCACCUUUUUCGGAUAAGGCUCAUCUUUUUUUGCGUUCAAUAAAUUCGACUUCGAAAAAUAAUUCGAAAUUAUUUAAACGAGAUAUAAUUGAACGUGAUCAACAAACAGAUUCAAUGUCUUUAUCGAAAAUUUUAUUCAUUGAGAUAAUGAAUGAAUGGAUACAAAGACAAAAUAUCUUUGGUGAAACUUUAAUCUGUACAGAUAAAAAACCACUUAUUCGUGAAAUUUGUUGGCAUCAAUUACUCAUAAACUUUAUUUUGAACUCAAAUGAAGAUGUUCUCAAUGAUUCAUACAAAUCACCUGCUUUCGAACAAUAUAAAGUUGUUUUUCAAUCAUCGAAUAAUUUCUUAAUGACUCAGCGUUAUUUUGAACAUAUUAAAUGUGAAGUUUCAGCAUCUUCCAUAAAUUUUGAUAAUUCAAUGUAUGAUUACUCCAUAUGCUUACUACGUCUUUGUUUUCAUUUGGCACGUAAUCAAAAAUCAAACGAAUAUGCUUAUUUAAGUGAUUAUCUGAUUCAUGCUUUACAAGCAAUUGGCAUUGAAAAAGAACUUAAUGACGUGCCCAUUGAUAUUGAUACCUAG